CGCUGCUUUCCUUUUGCUAUCACUUCCUCAUGGGUGCAGACUCCGACAAAGGACUUGAUGCUGCACAAAAAGGCUGCACUUUGCCAUUUCUUACAUCCCUCGUUCACGACAAACCCACCGGAUCAUCGUACCCUAACGCCAGAGAGGGUCCACGGAUCAAAAACGAACCCUGACCUAGUCAUUUUUUGACACUAAGUACUCGGAAGUUUUUCUAGUCAUUAUUCUCUUUCCCUCUGUCCAUCGAUCACAUAGGCGGCUUACACGGCUGUUGAAUGUCUCCUCCUGAAGGACAGGUCGGGGCUUAUCCCAACACCGUCUCCCAACAGCAAGACACUGGCAGCCAUGCAAGUCCAGAUGACAGACUACACUCAAAGAUCGUCGAAAUACUUUCAUCCACCAGUAAUGACUGCGUGAUAGAGUUGGGUUACCCGCGCAUGAUGGAGAAGCUACGACAAUCCAUACUACACGCUCAGUCACUCCAAGAGGACAAUGCGAGACUGUAUCAAGAUAACUGCCACCUCACCGCAGCCACUCAGAUGCUCAAAGAGCGCAUCGCACAUCUCUUGGCUAAUCCGAACGCCCAGCUGCAGCAAUUCUCUCUCAUGCAAGAGAGGAUACGUACUCUUGAGAACGAACGGGAAUCUGUACUUCAAAAUAACCAGGAUAUUCUCAUCAGUAUCAACAAAGGCACCUCACACCACCUUCUCGCUCAGGAACUCGAGCGCAUGAGGGCACGAACCAAUCACGUUCUCAAAGAGAAUCAAAUUAUCCAGAACAAAUACAUGGAGCUCAGUGCCGCACAACGCGGCCAGAUGUCCCCAAGUGUAUUAUCUCCCUCAAAUUCUGUCCCUUCCCAGCCCAGAAUCCUCACCCCUAGCGAUGUUCAUCAGCGACAAGCGUCUAUCGAAGGUGCUUCCAGACUCCAGCCUUCUCGUUUACCGCAGCAACAAUUUCAGCAGCAAGCACAACAUGCACGACAAAUGCAACCGCAGGUUCGAUACGCCCUGCCACCUCAGCAGCUGCAACAUGCUCAUCAAGUAUACGCUCAAAGAAGGGUUUCUGACGGCGUUCAAAAUCCCUACCCACCUCACCAACCCGCGUCGCUCAGAUGGACGGUCCCACCACCGGCAUCCGCACCCCCAGUGUUAGGAACCAGGUCGCCCACAGACUUUCCACACAUCCCUACUCUCUCAGCCCCAGUUAAUUAUCGCCCUCAGCGACCACUUUACACCUAUCCGCUUACCCAUACGUCACAAACUGGCUAUCAAAAUACAUCAGCGCCACUCGUGCCUUUCAAUAUGCACCCCAACUUGCACAGUGCACCCCCGACGCCACGUCCUGCUCUAUCUAUAGAUCUGACCGGGGAAGAUCUGGUCGAAAGGACGAGAGAACAACAAGCUAGAGGUGGGCGGGUUGAUCAGCCUAACGGUCUGAAACGCACAAGUUCUGCUGUGGAAGGUACACUUUCGCAGGCUAUUGAGGCGAUCAAGAGACAAAGGACCGCACAGUCCACUCAGUCGUCUCAGGAUGCUAUUGUCGACACGAAUCCUGAACCCAAAUCAGCCUCUCCGGACACUGUAGUUGGUUCAAAACCAACUUCACCAGUCUCACCCUCGCUUCCUGAGCCACUUGCUCAAGAAAAGAUGGACGCGGCCACAGAAGGCCAAGUGGCCGUCGCGAAUGACGAAGUUGCGAUUGCAGUCACGCCUUCAGACACUGCAGUUAGCUCCAACCCAACUUCGCCUGCUCAAGAAAAGGCGUCUGUCCCACCAAGUGGGGAUAAUAUGCGAUCCGUCGAAGACUGUGUCUACAUGAUUUACGAGCCAGAUGCUGAAGUAGCCAAUGGAUACUUCUGUGGCAGAUGCCUUGAUCGCUUUGAAUCGAAUAUGGUUCCCGAACCUCCGGAUGUGUUGGUGAAUCCAAAGUUCGAAGAUCUCUUGAUACAUUGUACGAAGGAGCAUCCCACGAUCUGGGAGGACCUCCGUAAUAAAAGAGACCUUGAGGCACUGGCACCACCCUCGUGACUAUUGUUCCUUCACCUUUCAUGUCCCUACGAUAGUACGUCUUGCACAUAUUAUUACUUUAUAUCCACUAGAAUCAUGAUAAUUCUAAUACUAUCACACAUCACCACA